AUGGUGGCUUUUGAUUUAACUCCUUUAAAAGUUGGGCCUGAAUUUGGGACGUACUCGAGCUGUCCGACGUACUUACAAGUCCACGUCCUUGGAGUCUGCACAACCCUCACGCAGCGAACUCCGACCAUCAGUCGCAUAUUCGAUCAGAGUCUAGGCCACAACCCGAACUGCCCAAACAAGCCACCGGUUGACCGCUUGCAACCAGCCAUCCGAGCAUUUGCGAUCAACGAACUCAAAAUAACCAUAUUCGACAACCAAACGGCGUUAGCUCUCGACCUCUGCCCCUCACUGAGACCGACGACAGUAGGACCUUGGCCUUGUUCCUUAGCCCACGUUCUACAGCAGAAACCGCAAUGUCCGUCGCCUAGCUAUUAUCGACGUCCAGCGAAGCCACCAUCUCCAGCCAUGUGCAUCAGGUACAUGCCAAACGUGCGGUGGGAGCUGUUCGGCUUACAGCUAAACUUAAGCAGCGAGCUCGACCCCAGUCCGGCUCUGAAGGUAAUGGAGAGCUCGUGGAAAUUGCCGACGACGAUAUCGAUGGAGCAGAAAGAGAAUAUUGGCCUUGAGAAUUGCGGUUUCAGGUCCUUAGCGAGGCUUUCAAGAGAUAAAAGCCUUUCGCCUUUUUCAUCAAUCUCGACUUGGGUCUCGAUGUGCCCUUCGGCUGAGUCUCCUCCCCGUGCAGAACUCUGUUUGUUCUUGACUGAUGACCAAAUCAUUCCAUUUCUAAAUGAGUAUACACCACAAUCCCAUCUUCCAAAUAAUGUGCUAGCAGACUGGAGCCCUUAUCAAUACCCACCCUCUAAUUUACCAGAAGGAAUUUGGUACCUUGUUCCGAUAGACGUGAAAAAGGAAUAUGUUCAUGGGUUCUGGAAAGCCAAUGGAGAAGACUCUAGGAUUUACUCAAACUCCACAAUCACUGGUUGGAGGACCACUUUGCAAUAUUUUGAAGGACAGGCCCCUGACGAGCAAAGAACAGAUUGGCGCAUGCAUAAGUAUUGGAUAACAAGAAAAGAGCUACAUGAUAAAGAUAAGCCAAAGGAGUCAAGACUGCUAUGCAGAGUCUUCUGUAAUGACAAGAAUGGGAAAAGUGAAAAUUGUUCCCAAAAUUACGUAACCACCAUUGAACCAGAAAAGAUUAAUUACUUGGCUUUAUUUAAAUCUAAUGCUGUCGUAACCUCAGGCGAAGAUUGUGGAAGUGAAUCUAAAGCAAAGGAGGAGCGUGAAGCGGCAGCUGAUAACAAUGCAGAGGUGAACCUGAGAGGUGAACCUGAUCCUGAAGCGAAUAGAGAGUGUGAAGGGGCAGUGGCUCUUCGUGCGGCUGAUAGCAAACCAAACUCGUCUGGGCAAGUUUUCUCCCAAGUCGAGUGUUUCGAGAGAGGUGACUUCUUGGAAUUAGCUGAUCUUGAGGACAAUGUCUCGCAUUCUUCCAGUUCACGAAACUCGAGCUGUCUCAGCAAUUCAUCUGAUGAAGAGUUUGACGUGUCGGCUUACCUGAGGGACAUUGAGGCGGACGAGCUAAAUCCUAUGCGCGGGGAGCAGUUGAGUUCGAAAUACGAGUUUACUUCGGUUAGGCUGGAUGAUGUGGUUCUGGAGCCCCCGCCUUCAGGGACCUUAUUGACUGGUUCCAUACAAAACAAUGUUGCCGAGGGCUCACAAAGAGGCUUAACGGUCCAAAAAAUGUCGGCAGAUGAAAGAGAAAUGGAAAACACUACAGAAGGGCACAAUCCAGAUAGCCCAAUUGAAGGCACCUCAAAUAAUGGUAUUGCCGGUCGGGAGAGAAAGCUCAGUGAGUCAAGCCGAAUGAAGAAGCUGAAAAUGUGUUUCUGUUUUAAGCCAUUCUGA